UUUUUAAAAACGCAACCAGCAAUACACUCCGCACAAUUGUCAUCAUUGUUGCAAUAAAUAGCUAUUCUUUUAGUCAUAGAAUAUUUGUAUAAUUAAUAACAAAAAAGCAACCGCUUUUUUAAGUGAUGGUGCAAUCUUGACAAAUUUGUGACCGCGGCUGUGAUUACAACAGACGUAAAGUGAGGUUAUGUUGAUUCGUGAAAGUCCCAUCAAAAGUAUUGAUUUUCCCAGCUUUUCACUGAAACCUGCAUUGCAGUUAGUUUAAACCGAAGUUUCACGUUGUAACAUUCACAUAAGAACACAAAAAUGUUAUUCAGGGUAUCCAAGUGCCCCUCAGACGAACUGUCAUUAACAAACUGUGCUGUAGUGAAUGAUGGAGAUUUUUCACAAGCUACCGAACACGUUGAAGUAGUUACGGGGGGUAAUCAGAAGUACAUUUUUUCAAUAAAGAAAGAUUCAAGAGUACAAAGACAUGAAGUUGGGUUUAGUUUACCACAAAGGAAGUGGGCCAUCUUGUCCAUUAACCAAGAAAUCGAAGUUAAUCCGUACAAAGAAGAGGAUUAUAUUACGUCGAUCGUUCUCGAGGCGGAUUAUAUGCAAAAGAAAAUUACUUCCCAAGAACAAUAUGACACUGAUGAAAUGGCCAAAGAAUUUCUUUAUUCCUUCCCAAAUCAAAUGUUCACAGUUGAGCAACAAUUAGCGUUCGCUUUUAAAGAUAAGAAGUUACUAAUACUUUCAGUUAAAGAUGUUGAAGUGGUUAAUAUCAACUCAUUUAAACAAGGGGGCGAAGCCAAACCUAGAAAAGGCAAACUAGGAAAAUUAACCCCCAACACCAUAAUACAAUUUGAAAAAGCCGAAACUUCCUCGCUAAACCUCGUCGGAAAAUCCAAAGGCAAACAAGUACGCCAGUCCAUCAUCAACCCUGACUGGGACUUCCAAAAAAUCGGCAUUGGAGGCUUAGGAAAAGAAUUCAACGCGAUUUUCAGAAGGGCGUUUGCUUCCAGAGUAUUCCCACCUGAAAUAGUAGAACAGUUAGGGUGCAAACACGUCAAAGGUAUACUCUUGUAUGGCCCCCCUGGUACUGGUAAAACUCUAAUGGCUCGCCAAAUUGGAAAAAUGUUAAACGCGCGUGAACCAAAAAUCGUCAACGGUCCCCAAAUUUUGGACAAAUAUGUGGGCGAAUCAGAGGCAAAUAUUCGACGAUUGUUUGCUGAAGCGGAAGAAGAAGAGAAACGCGCUGGUCCAAAUAGUGGUUUGCAUAUUAUCAUAUUUGAUGAAAUUGAUGCCAUUUGUAAGCAAAGAGGGUCAGUGGCUGGUAAUACAGGUGUACAUGACACUGUUGUCAAUCAGUUAUUGUCGAAAAUCGAUGGUGUAGAACAACUCAAUAAUAUACUGGUCAUAGGAAUGACCAACAGAAGGGACAUGAUUGAUGACGCUUUACUUAGACCUGGUAGGUUAGAAGUACAAGUUGAAAUCAGUUUACCAAAUGAAGAAGGUAGAGUUGAGAUUCUUAAUAUCCACACCAGCAGAAUGAGGCAAUACAAAAAAAUUGCUCCUGAUGUAGAUACAAGGGAACUAGCAACCUUAACUAAAAACUUCUCAGGUGCCGAGAUCGAGGGUUUAGUAAGAGCCGCUCAGUCAACAGCAAUGAACCGUUUAAUCAAAGCUGCCAGUAAAGUAGAAGUAGACCCGGAAGCAAUUUCCAAACUACUAGUCAGCAGGUCCGACUUCCUAAACGCUUUAGAGAACGACAUAAAACCAGCAUUUGGCACAUCUUUAGAAAUAUUAGAGCAGUUUUUGGCACGCGGAAUCACUGUGUGGGGUCCCCCUGUCAGCAAUAUUUUAGAAGACGGUAGAUUGUUUAUUCAACAAGCGAGAGCACCUGACACCGCAGGUCUGGUUAGUGUGUUAAUCGAAGGUCCGCCAAACGCGGGAAAAACCGCUUUAGCCGCUCAGCUUGCCAAAGAAUCCGAUUUUCCAUUCGUUAAGGUGUGCUCACCUGAAGAAAUGGUGGGGUACACGGAAACUGCCAAAUGUUUACAUAUCAGAAAGGUAUUUGAUGACGCUUAUCGUUCAACGUUGAGCUGUAUUUUAGUUGAUAAUAUUGAAAGAUUGUUGGAUUAUGGUCCCAUUGGUCCAAGGUAUUCGAAUUUAACACUGCAGGCACUUUUAGUGUUGUUGAAGAAACAGCCACCACCAGGAAAGAAAUUGCUGAUUUUGUGCACCAGCAGCAGGAGGCAAGUCCUCGAAGAUAUGGAGAUGCUAUCAGCUUUCACUGGAGUUCUGCAUUUACCAAAUCUUUCAAAAGCUGAUCAUUUGUUGGCCGUGCUUGAAGCUUCUGAAGUAUUUAGUGCUCAGGAGUUAAAGAAGAUUAGUCAACAAAUCCACGGAAAACGCAUUUUCAUCGGUAUUAAAAAAUUACUAGCACUAAUUGACAUGACGCGCCAAACUGACGAGAAGUUCAGAGUAAUGAAAUUAAUAACAAAACUGGAGGAAGAUGGCGCUUUAGAAGAUCCCGGUAUGGCCUAAAUGAGUUAACGGAUACGUAUAUAUUGUGUGCACAUUCCAAAAAUUAGCAAUAUUUCCAGGAAUAGUCAAUUUUAAGCAAAUAGAUGCAGGUAACAUAAUUAUAAAAAAAUAAGUCAUUAGAAUCGUUCCGAAUGCCAGCUACAAGUCAUUAUUAAAACAUUCUGAAUUCACGGUGCAAUUAAUUGUUACCUAUUUAUGUCUGUAUUGAACUAUGUAUUAUUAUUGUUUUUAAUAUAUGUAGUGUAGACUAUUUGUUAUAUAUUUUUUUAAAAACCAUCGUCAACACAAGCCAAGUUUAUUGGUUCACAAUGUACCUAUGUGAUACGAAUUUAAUUUUUGUAGAUUUGUGUCCUACCAUGUGUAUUAGAGCGAGGUGAUUCUAGUGUAGGGGUGAAGCGUAGCAGAUAUUUAGAGUCAAUAAUAUUAAUGAUAGGAGUCCUUAACAAAGGUUUUUGUUGGUGCCGACGACAUUUUUGUGUAAAUUUUCAGUAAAUUAUUAGCUUGCACUGUUUAUCAAUUGUUGUUUAAGAAAUGUUGAAGCUGCGAUUGUUUGAUUUUCAUGAAUUUUUAAAUGACAGUUUUUUUUUGUUUUGUGAAAACUGUUAUUUAAAAGUUUGUGACAGCUAUUGUAAUUGUUGAACAAUACCUCUAUGCAGGUAGUGUUUUUUAAGUAUUUAUACACAGGAUGUUUCAGUGAUUAACUGACCAGUCUGUUAAUUGUUCAGGGAAAAAGUAAUUCAAGGAGGUACAAUUUUUAAACACCAAACACAAGUAAGUAUACCUUGCGGUUAAAGAAGUGAUAAGCACUAUGGCAUGUACAUAGUUUUGCAAAAAAUGAAACAUCCUAUAUAGUAUUGUUGUCAGUGACUAUGUAUAAAGUACUUAUUAAUAUAAAUAAGACUACAA